AUGUUUCUGGAGAUGCUGAACCCGGUGCACUAUAACGUCACCAUCACGGUCCCGGAAGCGAUGCCUGUCAGCGCCAUGCCGCUCCUGCUGAUCAUGGGCCUCCUCUUCUUGAUUUGGAAUUGUGAGAGCACGUCUUCAAUACCAGGCCCUGGCUACUGUCUGGGAAUUGGGCCCCUCAUUUCCCAUGGCAGAUUCUUGUGGAUGGGGAUUGGAAGUGCCUGCAACUACUACAACAAGAUGUACGGAGAGUUCACGAGAGUCUGGAUCAGUGGAGAGGAGACGCUCAUUAUCAGCAAAUCCUCAAGUAUGUUCCACGUGAUGAAGCACAGCAACUACAUCUCCAGGUUCGGCAGCAAGCUCGGACUGCAGUGCAUCGGCAUGCACGAGAACGGCAUCAUAUUCAACAACAAUCCGGAGCUCUGGAAAACAAUUCGCCCUUUCUUCAUGAAAGCCCUGACAGGCCCAGGUCUCGUUCGGAUGGUAGAGGUUUGUGUGCAGUCCAUCAAGCGGCACUUGGACAGGCUGGACGAAGUCACUGACAGUUCGGGCCACGUGGACGUGUUGACUUUCAUGAGGCACAUCAUGCUGGACACCUCUAACAUGCUCUUCCUGGGGAUCCCCCUGGACGAAAGUUCCAUUGUGAAAAAAAUCCAGGGUUAUUUCAAUGCAUGGCAAGCUCUCCUCAUCAAACCAAAUAUCUUCUUCAAGAUCUCUUGGCUCUACAAGAAGUAUGAAAGAUCCGUCAAGGACUUGAAAGACGAGAUAGCUGUUUUGGUGGAAGAAAAAAGACACAAAGUUUCCACAGCGGAGAAACUGGAAGACUGCAUGGAUUUUGCCACUGAUUUGAUUUUUGCUGAGCGACGCGGAGACCUGACGAAAGAGAACGUGAACCAGUGUGUCCUGGAAAUGCUGAUCGCAGCGCCUGACACCAUGUCUGUCACCCUGUACUUCAUGCUCCUUCUCAUUGCAGAGCACCCUGAGGUUGAAAAGGCAAUCCUGAAGGAAAUCCACACUGUCGUUGGUGACAGAGACAUAAGAAUCGAUGACAUCCAGAAUUUAAAAGUGGUAGAAAACUUCAUUAAUGAAAGCAUGCGGUUCCAGCCCGUUGUGAACUUGGUCAUGCGCAGAGCCCUGGAAGAUGAUGUCAUUGAUGGUUACCCGGUUAAGAAAGGAACUAACAUCAUCCUGAAUAUUGGAAGAAUGCACAGGCUGGAAUAUUUCCCCAAGCCCAAUGAAUUUACCCUUGAAAACUUCGAGAAGAAUGUUCCCUACAGGUAUUUUCAGCCGUUUGGCUUCGGGCCCCGCAGCUGUGCUGGGAAGUACAUAGCCAUGGUGAUGAUGAAAGUUGUCCUGGCUACACUGCUGAAACGAUUCCAGGUGAAGAUCUUGCAAAAGAGGAGCAUCGAAAACAUGCCGAAAAAGAAUGACCUGUCCUUACACCCGAAUGAGGACCACCACCUUGUGGAGAUAAUGUUCUCUCCAAGGGAUUCAGACAAGUACCUCAAACAGUAA